GUAGCAUCGCCUUACGAACUUUAAGCAAAUCGAAUAAGUGCGGUACACGAAAAACUAAAAGGACAGAGAACACGGAAAGAUAAAUGAUCACCACGCACUACGACACUGCGGACUAAGGGGAUCAGAUUUUUCGAAAAGAUGAUUUCGAGGUACCAGAUAAUCAUCUGUGCUCUUUUGCUUUUUGGCGCGGUUUUACUCUAUGAAACAAUGGCGCAAGUGGAUGGUUACACACCUGGCGUGGACUAUCCAAUUUACAAUUCGGUGCCGUUCGGACUCGCGUUUACCUGUGGAGGAAAGUUACCUGGAUACUAUGCCGAUCCCGAGGCCAGAUGUCAGGUGUGGCAUUGGUGCUUGCCAAAUGGACGUCAGUUCAGUUUUCUUUGCCCGAAUGGUACAGUGUUUAGUCAAACUACUCGCGUUUGUGACUGGUGGUUUAAGGUCGAUUGCAAUGAUUCACCGAGACUUUACGGCAACAACGACGAGCUUUACAGAGAUGUAAAUGGAAAUAAAAUUUAACAACUCUUAUAUUUUUUACAAAUAGUUGUAUGUAUAUUAAUAAACUUUUUUAUAUAUAAGCUUUUUUCGCGAACGCGUAAUACCAUCGAAAGUAUAACUCGGCUCAUGUAAAGGAAGGUGAAAGUAAUUCGCGAAUCCCUAGUUUGCCGAUGCAGGAAAAUAACAAAGAUGUCUGCUUUAUUUAUCGCUGUUAAAUAAAAUAG